AUGGUUCGUCACGGUCUUUUCGACGUUACCGUCAACAGUCCAGGCUUAGGCGCACUCCAAGAGUACGAUGAUCCAAAUCCAGGCCUCUCCUUGAAGGAUGUCAAAGGUCCCGCAGUUGUCAAGCACAUCGAGGCAGUAGCUGGCGCUGAAUUCAGUGUCAGCGUCAAAGUCGAAGCUGGGUUCGUGUAUGAGGAGUGCGAUGCUGUCAGCUUCAGACUGGAAGCUGACGGCGAAAGGGUUCGCUCAAAAUUCAUGCUUCAGAAUAAAUGGGGAUCGCGAGGCUAUUCUCGUGAAAUGUUAGGCCGUCGUAUCGUACGGGAAGACUCAUCUCAGGCGAUUCAAAAGCUCCACUUCGCUUCACUUAGCCUGGUCGAACUCUCGGAUGCUGGUUUGAGUGAUCAAACUUCUGCGGGACUGGGAAGCCUGCGACUCACAGUUGAUCGGAGACGGAUGGGCUUGCUGAAGAAAACACCUGCGACGAUGACAACACCUGCCGCAAUGGACGGAAUCGAGAGUGUUUCAGAGACAACGAUAAAGGGCCGGCACGUCGAUCUCAAAACGACAUUUGGUGCGGUUCUACCCCCUAAGAACUUCGAUCGCUGGAGUGCUGCAGUGGUUGGAAAUGAGUCACUCUUAACGGUGGUCUUGAAAUACAGAACCAAGAAGGGUCUGCAGCACGAGGGAAUUAUCGAGCAGGUACGCAGCACCGACAUCUCAGAUGAUGUGGCAGGCUCAGGCUCCGGUGACAAAACCAUGCAAGGUCGUGCUGUUCAGCAAGCAGAACCCGAGCAGGCCCAACAGGCACGCAACACGGGGAUGCCAGGCGAUGUGGCAACCUCAGGCUCAAGCUGCAGCAACAAUAUCGUGGCUGGGUCUGGAGUCGAACGUGGCGUUAAGCAAGAAGAACCUGAGCAGAUCCAAACGGUACCCAGCACUGGCAACCUAGGUGAUGUGGCAGGCCCGGGCUCUGGCCCUGGCUCAGGCUCAGGCUCAGGCGCUAUUAUCACGAACCGAGCAGGAGUUGAACAUGGCGUCAAGCAAGAAGGAUCUGAGCAACUCGAGCGGAAGCGGAAGAGAUCACCGGCUGACAACGGAACAGGCAACAGUAGUGACGAUACUAAAGAUCGAGGAUAUCUGACGGAGCUGGUCAAGAAGAUUCGCAUCGACCUCGAGGCUCUGAAUACUGACAAGAACGCCACUCCGGGUAAAUUCGAAAACCAGAAGGCCGCUCUACUACGCAAGGUGGCUACGCUGCAAGACGAGGUAAUCGGCAAUGUGUUGAACGAAGAAGGCACAAAUGGCACGCCUAUCAAGAAGGAGACGGCUGGUCAGAACAUCUCGGAUGCCAUGGAGAUAUCAGAUGAUGACGAGUAA